GCCCCACGCCUUUCGGUUCGGCUGCUCUCCCGGCAUCCCUCACGCGUGGACGCUGGGCUUCCGGACCUGGGCGGAGCCCGAGGGUUUGGCUGAUUGCGUCUUCCCUGCCCAAGCCUUCCAGCGCCCGGUGCCAGGGGCCAUGGAGCCCCGGGCAGUUGCGGAUGCUUUGGAGACAGGAGAGGAAGACACAGUGACAGCAGCUCUGCAGUCGUUCAACCGGGAGCACUCGCAGAGCUUCACCUUCGAUGAUGCCCAACAGGAGGACAGGAAGAGACUCGCAAAGCUGCUGGUCUCCUUACUGGUGCAGGGCUUGUCACCAUCACACCGUGUCACCUGGCUGCAGACUAUCCGAAUCCUAACCCGAGACCGCAGCUGCCUGGAUUCAUUUGCGAGCUGCCAGAGCUUACACGCACUAGCCUGCUAUGCUGACAUCACCAUCUCAGAGGAACCCAUCCCACAGCCCCCAGACAUGGAUGUCUUACUCGAGUCUCUCAAAUGCCUAUGCAAUCUCGUGCUCAGCAGUCCUUCAGCACAAAUGCUGGCAGCAGAGGCUCGCCUGGUGGUGAGGCUAGCAGAGCGUGUGGGACUGUACCGCAAAAGGAGCUAUCCCCACGAAGUCCAGUUCUUUGACUUGAGGCUCCUUUUCCUGCUAACAGCCCUUCGCACUGAUGUGCGCCAGCAACUGUUUCAGGAGCUGCAUGGUGUGCGCCUGCUGACUGAUGCAUUAGAACUGACCCUGGGGGUGGGUCCCAAAGAAAAACCCCCGGUGGCACUUCCAGCCCAAGAGACAGAGCGGGCCAUGGAGAUCCUCAAAGUGCUCUUUAACAUUACCUUUGACUCUGUCAAGAGGGAGGUGGAUGAGGAAGAUGCUGCCCUUUACCGGUACCUGGGGACCCUUCUGCGGCACUGUGUGAUGGUUGCUGCUGCUGGAGACCGAACAGAGGAGUUCCAUGGCCACACGGUGAAUCUCCUGGGGAACUUGCCCCUCAAAUGUCUGGAUGUCCUUCUCACCCUGGAGCUACAUGAAGGAUCCUUAGAGUUUAUGGGCGUCAAUAUGGAAGUGAUCAGUGCCCUUCUUGCCUUCCUAGAGAAGCGUCUGCACCAGACCCACAGGCUGAAGGAGUGUGUAGCACCUGUGCUGAGCGUGUUAACAGAAUGUGCCCGCAUGCACCGUCCUGCCAGGAAGUUCCUCAAGGCCCAGGUUCUGCCCCCUCUGAGGGAUGUGAGGACUCGGCCUGAGGUGGGGGACCUGCUUCGAAACAAGCUUGUCCGCCUCAUGACACACCUGGAUACAGAUGUGAAGAGGGUAGCUGCUGAGUUCCUCUUUGUCUUAUGCUCUGAGAGUGUGCCCCGAUUCAUCAAGUACACAGGCUACGGAAAUGCUGCCGGCCUCCUGGCUGCCAGGGGCCUUAUGGCUGGGGGCCGGCCCGAGGGCCAGUACUCCGAGGAUGAGGACACCGACACAGAGGAGUACAGGGAAGCUAAGGCCAGCAUCAACCCUGUGACUGGAAGGGUGGAGGAGAAGCCACCUAAUCCUAUGGAAGGCAUGACAGAGGAGCAGAAGGAACAUGAGGCCAUGAAGCUAGUGAACAUGUUUGACAAGCUGUCCAGACACAGAGUCAUCCAACCCAUGGGGAUGAGUCCCCGGGGUCACCUCACUUCUCUGCAAGAUGCCAUGUGUGAGACUAUGGAGGGGCAGCUCUCCUCAGACCCUGACUCCGACCCUGACUGAAGAUGGCAGCGGUUUUGCUCCCCUUCAGAACCGGUGCUGCUUCCAGACGUGUCCUUGGGGUGCUGCCUGCCUAGAGAAGCCACACUCCUCUCCAGCAGGGGAGUCUUUCUCCCCACACUAUCCAUGAUUUGCCUUUGGUCCAGUUUCUUGUGUUUAGGACUGUGGUAUAGUCUUACUCUCUGUGAAGACUGGGAAACCAUCCUUAAUUUCCACAAGUGAAAUUGUUUCUUUGAUGUUUGCCAAGCAUAUGCCAUGGCUGCAGACGUGGGCAGAGUUGCCUUGGCACAUAAGUGAACAUGCAUGUAUGAAGGUGGUGUCUGAGUAGGCGUCCUUGUGUAAGCAUGUCUGGGCUGGCAUGACAGCUCAGAGCCUGUAUGUGGGUCAUAUGCUGUGUUUCACACAUGGAAGAAUCUAUUGGUACUGUUUAAGUAUGUCAAAAACGCACAGAGCAUCAUAAUUCCUAUUUGUGGCCCCACUGAGCACAAGGCCAGUGGCCUUUUCUGAACUCUUCUUGGUCCUGGCUCAACUGCCACUGCAUUAUCUACAUACCCAAGCCUCACUGGCUGUGCCUCACUGGCUGUGAGAGCUCAAUCAGAACAACCCCUGGUUUAGUAAUUGUAUGAAGGCAAAAGUGUAAGACAAGGUACAAUCUGAGAUUUCUGAGGCACAGAAUAAAGAGUUUGGGACAAGACUA